GCCGGGGCGGGCCCGGGGCGGUAGCGACGGCGACGGCGACGGCGACUGCGGCCCCUUCGGGCGAGGUCUGGGGUCGGGGUCCCGGGUAGCGGCGGGCCUGGCCAUGCUGCAGCUGCGGGACUCGGUGGACUCUGCGGGCACGAGCCCCACGGCGGUGCUGGCGGCCGGCGAGGAGGUCGGCGCGGGCGGCGGCGCGGUUGGGGGGCGGCCGGGCGCGGGCACGCCGCUGCGCCAGACGCUGUGGCCGCUCAGCAUCCACGACCCCACGCGCCGCGCCCGCGUCAAGGAGUACUUCGUGUUCCGGCCCGGCACCAUUGAGCAGGCGGUGGAGGAGAUCGGCGUGGUGGUGCGGCCGGUGGAGGACGGCGACAUCCAGGGCGUGUGGCUGCUGACCGAGGUUGACCACUGGAACAACGAGAAGGAGCGGCUGGUGCUCAUCACAGACCAGGCGCUUCUCAUCUGCAAGUACGACUUCAUCAGCCUUCAGUGCCAGCAGGUGGUCCGCAUCGCCUUAAAUGCGGUGGACACCAUCUCCUGCGGAGAAUUCCAGUUUCCCCCGAAAUCGCUCAACAAGCGAGAAGGUUUUGGGAUUCGCAUUCAGUGGGACAAACAGAGCCGCCCUUCCUUCAUAAACAGAUGGAACCCCUGGUCCACCAAUGUGCCCUACGCCACGUUCAUAGAGCAUCCGAUGGCUGGUGCGGAUGAGAAGACAGCCUCUCUGUGCCAAUUGGAAAGCUUCAAAGCUAUGUUAAUCCAAGCUGUCAAAAAAGCCCAAAAAGAGAGUCCUUUGCCGGGACAAGCCAACGGUGUGCUGGUCUUGGAGCGUCCCCUCCUCAUUGAGACCUACGUGGGAUUGAUGUCCUUCAUUAACAACGAGGCUAAAUUGGGUUAUUCCAUGACCAGAGGCAAAAUAGGCUUCUAGACGCUGCCCACAGGCAGAUCUGGGGACUCGGGGUGUCAGGCCAGCUCUGCUGCCCCUGGCAGGGUUGGGGCUGUUAACCUUUCGGGAAUCUGAGCGUGAUUAGAAUAGUCCAAUGAAUUCUAUACUCUAGCUGAAUCUUGGACAUCUGGUAAUAGGAGCUACAGACAAAAAGCAAAAUGAAUCUAGCUGUCCCUGUCCUGGCCGGUAUUCCAUCUUCUAGAACCUGUUUCCGUGUUUUUCCUGGAGUGUCUGCAUUUGGCUUUUCAUGGUCCUUCCCAGCCCAGCACUCUAGCAUGUUAAUAAACGUGUGAUCCCACUAGAA